UUGCAAUCGAAGAACUUGCUCAAUCCAUCUAGUGCCUUGUUCUACGAGUAUUCCGACCGAUCAAUUACUUCUACUAUGCUUUCAUUCCCCUGCACCAUCUAGAAAGCCAUGAGCGGACAAGCUCUCCAAGCAGAACUUACGAGCCUCGCUCAAGAGGCCAAAAGAAAGAAUCCAGAGAUCCGCACUGCUGCAGAAAAAUCAUUACAGGAUCUCAAAUCUCUUCCGUCUACUUCAGAACAGCAAUUGGCCGCUGAUCUAAGUCGACGACCAUCUUUCAUUGAUCCUUUACUGCUCGCGUGCAAUACUCGAAAUGCGAAAUAUGCUGGCAGUGCAACUGUAUGCCUUCAGCGACUUGUCAUCAUACGCGGUCUUCCGAAAUCGAGGCUGAAAGAUGUUCUGGAUGCUUUUAAUGCUUGCACCUCACUUGGCCUUGACAUCCAGCUCAAGGUUCUCCAGGCUCUUCCUGCUCUCGCGCAAAACUAUGCGGAUGACCUCAAAGGAGACCAUCUUGCGGCUGCCUUGCAGGUCUGUGCAGCCUUGCAAAAUGUCAAAGCGGUCACAGUCAGCGGUGUAGCCGCUGCCACCCUCCAGCAACUUGUCGUAUCAGUCUUUGACAGAGUCGCUGCAGAGGAUGAGGGCGGAGACAAAUUUCCAAUCGUCACCAGAAUCUCUGGCGGAGAUGGUCCGAUCGCACUGAGAGAAGCUGCCUACGAUGCAUACCGAGUAUUCCUCGACAUCUGCUUCGCCACAGAAGGACAAAACACAAGAUUCGUGCGAUUCUCUGCACUCUCAGCGACGUCGGGUCUUGAGCUCAUGGGCGCAUGCCUUGGAAGCCAUACCAAGAUAUUUGCAUCACAUCCCGAACAGACGAACAUCCUCCGAACAGUGGUCAUGCCACAUCUAAUUCGAGUCAUCUCAGAGCGCCAGGCCUUCGGUGUCACAUUGCGUGCUCUUCGCGUUGCAUCUUUCGUCAUACGUCAUCACCUUCAAGCCAUGCCUGAUGAAUGUGAGGUUGUCCUAGGCUUGUUGACGCACAUGAUAGAUUCAGAAGCAACGACUUGGAAACGUGCAAUGUGCAUGGAAGUUUUCCGACUCGUCUACACAGAGUCUGGUUUGGCUGUCCAAAUCUACCUACAGUACGACGCCAAGGAGGGGAAACGUGCCAUCAUCCGAGAUAACAUUGCUUGCUUUGUCAAAAUAUCAACAGAGAAGCCAUCAGUGAUCGGUCUGGGACAGCAUUCGAGUAUUCCUACAGAACAAACGCGAGAUACUAUCGCUGAGCAGGUCGCCAUGGAAGCUGCCGGCGGUGUCGCUGGAGUCAUUGCUCCAAGUCCAGCUGUGGGAGAUGCAAAUGUGCCAGGGAUCAGUACGCGAUGGAGUGCACCCAAGACCCAAUGUAUGGAUCAACUCGACAAGACAGAUCCUCCAAUUUUGCCAGAGACUUAUGUCUACAGUCUGGUGCUCGAGUGUCUCAACGGUCUAUCUGAGAAUCUGGCCAAGGUCGUACUCCCCUUGACCGUUCAACAUGAUGCGUCCAGACUUAGGAGAGAUCAAGAACCGGAAUCAGACGAUGAAGUCGAGAGUGACGAGGAGCAUGCCACAAGUCCAAAGAAAACGCGUAACAGGAAAAAGAGGUCGCAAUCAUACCGAUCACGAACCGUCCCCCUCAACCCACUUUCUGCGGAUGAAGGUAGCGAGGCCGCCCGUAUUAGAGCUAUCGCAAAUCUCGUGGAAGAAUGUUGGCCUGCGUUGCUGGCAACAUAUUCUACCUUCCUCAACGCAUCUCUCGACAACAAUUAUUAUCGAGCACUGAUAAGAUCUUACCAAAGAUUCUUGCAGGUCUCUGGUCUCUUGAGAUUGUCCACAGCGCGAGACGCGUUCUUGACCACACUUGGUAAAGCUGCAGUUCCUCCAAGCAUCGUGACUUCAAGCAUUUCAACACUGUCAUCCCCAACGGCCGAGACUCCUGGUAUUUACUCUAAUGGAAAAGGCUUGCUGAGUGUGGAGAGCUUUACCACGCAAAUUUCAGGCAGUGAGAAGUCGAGAAGACCAUCAUAUGACCCAUCAUCGAAGCCCACACUGUCGACACGCAAUCUUCUUUGCUUAAGAGCGCUUCUUAAUGUCGCCAUCGCAAUCGGUCCGACGCUAGACUCGUCAUUUAACAUUGUUUUCGAAACGCUGCUUCAAGCUGGUGUGGUCCUCAACGCUUCUGGGGCGAAGUCCACAGGAAUUGGCCCGGAGAUCGCAGCUGUUGAAGGUGCAGUCUUGAGACUUUUGGAAAGCACGGCGGAUUAUCCGAACGAUGCCUUCCUUCACGUGCUCACUACACUCUGUAGACUGCUCAAUGGAAGAAGUGAAGGCGUACUUUCAUCUCCUAUACAAACGAAACCUUCUGGCGUUGCACGAAAACUCUCUGGCCUGUCUGGUAUUACGACAGACAUUGCUCUAUCUACUCAGGACUAUGUGUUCGUCUUGACACGGUUGAGGGACCUUGCGGAACAUAAUGUUGCACGAUUUGCGAGCUACACGUCCUCCGAGAGCGGAUGGGUUCUUCUCGUCGAUAGCCUUGUGGACCUGAGCAUUGCCACGAGUACACCGGAUGAUGCUCGCCGCCUUUCUGCUGACAUUUUGGCUCGUUGUUCCAUGGCAGUUGCAGAAGCAAGCACAUCCGAAGAACCAGACGAUGCGGGAGUAGCACAACAGAUGGUAUUGUCAUCUUUGCAUCUUCUUGUUCGCCGUAUCUACGAGCAAAGCGGUGACCUCACAAAUAUCGAUAUCGAAAAUCACAACAGAAUUCUUGACUCUGUUAAAGCUAUCUUGGAGAAGUCCGGAGAAGCGCUUACCGCUGGUUGGGACAUUAUCCUCGCCAUAAUAGGUAGUGUCUUUGACAUGGAUGAUGUUGAGGAGGAAGAGAGAGGUGAGCACAAUACCAAGGAGGGUUGGCUGAAGUUGUCAAGCCACUUUGUCGCUCCAUAUUUGGGGAGAUCGGCAUUCAGCGUGAUGCAAUUAGUAUGCUCGGACUUCCUCGCACCACUGCCGCAGACCUGCCUCAGUCCCCUGGUAGAGAUCCUCUUCCGAUUUGCUUCCCAGAGUUCUGACCUGAAUAUCUCGCUUACCGCUAUUACACUCUUCUGGGACGUGUCAGACUUCCUCGUCAAGCAAGAAGUGGUCUCUGGCCUCAAUGAACUUAUCAGUGGUAUUACUGAAGAGCGACUAGUCCUAGGACACGAACGCAUUGUCACAAGAAGCAAAGAAUCACGACCUGCUCAGUGGGUGUUACUGAUGUACAGACUCACGGACGUUAUCGCCGAUGACCGCUCCGAAGUCAGGAACAGUGCCUUUCAAACACUGUUGAGAAUCUUCAAGAACCACAGUGGCGAUUUCUCUGAUCUAGCCUGGCAACUAACAAUUGAGACGCUCUUGUUCAAACUUCUCAGGGAGCACGCGGAGAAGCAGAGAGCUCUUCGCUCAGGCAAAACUUCAUCCGACGUUAUCAUCGGUCUUGACGCGACCUCUAGUGAGAUCAUUGGCGACAUUGCCGCUCUCCUCGCUGGACAAUUCGACCAGAUGGCUUCAUUCUCGUCGUUCGACCGACUGUGGUCAGAUUUGAUGGAGAUUUUCGAAACUCUUCUGACGUUUCGCUCCUCUGCCAUCAAUGCAGCUGUAUACAAUGCUCUGGGGACGCUCCUAGGUGCCUUUGGAGCAGACAAUAAGAAACUAGGGCCGGCGAUAUCUCGCACAGAGCUCUUGUGGUCGUCUAGUAUUCCUGAUAAUUCUGCGGACGUCAAAGGACAGGCCGCUGGACAGGAUCAGUACAUCGCGUAUAUCAACUGUGGAAGAACCAUUUACAACCUGGUUGAGAGAUCUACCACCACUGAGAGGCUCAACAUCAUGGUUCAAAACAUGAUUGCCUGUGUCAAGUCAUCCACGGGUGGAGCCUACAGCUCUGAUGUCCAAACGCCCACUGCGCUCCAGCAAAAGGUUCUUGAGCACCUGCGAGCGCUCCAUGGCAACAUCGAUCUAGUCUCAUCAACGCUAGUUUUCGCCGCCUCGCAGCUCAUGUCAUUGCCAUUCGAAAGUUCGGAACAAAGGCCCAGGAGGAAUCUGACUUUCGUUGCCUUGUCGAAAUCAAGUAUGGACUGGAUAGUCGAAUUGAUUACCUCACCUUUGUCCAAGCCCGAGAUGUUCUAUUCAGGCGCUGUGGCCAAGUCUUUGGAAGACAUAGUGAUACCUAUGCGUCUGAAGUACCGAUGGACUCAAUCUGGUAGAGCGCCGGCGCUGUGGCAGAAAGCCACUUCUGCGUCGUUGACUAUCAUCGAGAAGACACUAAAACAGAUGGAAGAGCUUGAUGUCCCGAGCGAAUUGAAGACACGCAUCUGGACAGCAAUCGUCAACAUAGCCCAUGCUAGCAUGCAUGCGGAUAUUGAUGAAGCUUCGCCUCAACCCACUCUCGAAGCUGUCGAAACAGAUGAGUUUUUCGACUGUGAAAGCAUGAAGCGGCUCAAAUCCAUGAUGACAUCGGCCCUAGGCUCACCGAGUAUCCCUGACGAGAUACGUCAAACAUACUCCACUUCUCUAUUCAACGCAUCGCUCAUCCACGCUGUCGAGCGCGGCGAUAUAUCUCAGCGUGACGAUAAACUCGCCAAUUUGUAUGACUUGCGUAUUGGUCGAGUUCGAGAUCCCGAGCCGAGUCCAAGAGAAGACAUGGCAUACUUGUGCUUCGCUGAGCUUGUCUCUCUGGUUGCCGAAUCUAGCGAGAGUCAAGUGAAGCCUUCACAGACUGCGGCCAUGCAUCUAGUAUUGAGAUUCGCGCUUCCUCUCAAGGCGUAUAUCGUCGAUCAGCCACUUCGUGGUUCAAUGCCACAGCCGCUGUCACAGGUCGAAGAGCUGCUCUUCUGCUUGACUGAAGUUGAAAAGCUACGUUGUGCUCCAGAUGCUAUGGAUAGGAUGUUUGGUAUCGGCAGCCAAGGUCCAAAGGCACAUCUGCAGCUGCUGUAUCCGUUGGUGGUCAAGGCGGUGGGUGUUGCUGGAGAUAAGCGCUAUGGCAACAAGAAGAUCCUUGCUAUGCUUGAGCGAGUAUUGGUAGCUAGCAGGUGAGGCUCGAAUUCGAAUAACUCGAGGAGAGUAAUCCCAGCAUCAGGCAAGAUCUCACACACAGAAUAAUAACAAAAUGGUCAGGAAGUUGGUGAUACAUUAGAUAUAAUUAUAUGCAGAGCCCCAAAAGUGUUGUAACUUACCUUCAGUCCCCUGACCAUUGAACUUUUUUCGUCACUUCAUUAUCGACAUGAUUCCAUUUAAGCACCUCCCUCGCGCUUGGCGUAUUCCUCCUG